UCCAAAGGCAGACUACGGCCCUUCAACGUGCAUAUUUUUGUACUUGCUUGUGCCUCACAUUGAAGCCGCUACCCGUGAGAGAGAGUCGGCCAAAAGGUACAAGAGCACCUCACAUCCCUCUUCAGUCCUGCCGGUGGUGACCUGACCCGGCCUGACACCUGAUUAUAAGGGAGCUCUGCUAGCCCUUCGUUCAUGCUUUAACCCUCAUUUCGUUCCGUUUUCUUGGGAUUUGUUGUCUCGUGUGAAUCUUUCUUGCCCCGUAGACUCUCACAUGCUUGCCCACCAUGUCGUUCGAGACACAACGGUCCCUCCUCAAUGGCAGCUCCUCGCCGGGCAAGAGCAACAAGGCUGCUGAAAUGGAGGCACUGACUAAGGCGCUCGAGAAUAAGCAGUCUAAAGUUGUUGCCCGUUUCCACGGAGAUGCCCUCAUUGGAGUAUAUUCUCCUCCCCCCUUCCCCUUCCCCUCCUUCGAUCUUUUUUCUGGCUGGUUGCUGAUCGAAUCAUCACAGAACAAGCAUGUUCCAAAGCUUGGAUGGGUCAAGGACAUGGAAAAGAUCUUGGCCUUCAAGAACGUCCCAAAUAUCGCCACAGUGGUCAAGGGUCUGGUUGCUGGCAAGGGCCUGGACAAGCUGGCCGCCGCCCCCCUCAUCGGUUCACUCCUGAACGACAGUGAGCUCCGGGCCAAUUUCAUCGAGAAAGAGGUCAAGGCCAAGUACGAGCGCAUGCUCCACCCGCCCUUGUCAUAUCUCGGCGGUGCCUUCAAGUACCGGACGGCCGAUGGCAGGUUCAACAGUGUCCUGCACCCCCAGCUGGGCCAAGCCGGAGCCCCCUACGCCAAGACGGUCCCAGCCCAGACGGCAUCCCUGGGAGCUCUUCCGGAUCCUGGCGACCUCUUUGAUCGCCUGAUGGCCAGAGAGGGGGACAGGCCAAGUAAGUCGGGCCUGUCCAGCAUGCUCAUCUACCAUGCCACCAUCAUCAUCCACGACAUCUUCAGGACCAACGAAAAGGACAAGGCCAUCAGCGACGCGUCCUCCUACCUCGACCUUUCCCCGCUGUACGGCUUCACGGAAGAGAUGCAGCGCAAGGUCCGGGACGACACAUACAAGCUCGGCUUGCUCAAGCCCGAUACCUUUGCCGAGGACAGACUGCUGAGACAGCCGCCGGGAGUGUGCAUCAUGCUCGUGCUCUACAAUCGCUACCACAACUAUGCGGCAACGCAGCUCCGCCGCAUCAACGAGAAUGGCCGCUUUUCCAUCCCCGAGAAGUUUACCAAGCCCAAGCCCCUGGCCGCCGCGAACCUUUUCGUCAAGAACAAGGCCACGAAAGAAUACCAGCGUGCCGAGGAUGCCUUCAAGGCUGUCAACGAGAUGUUUGAGAAGACGGGGCGAAAAGAGACCUCGGAGUACACGGCAGCGGCUGAGGCGCUCAAAAAGCUCGCGUACGCCGACGAGCCGGAACCUGGCAAGGUUGACGAGUUCUACGCGCAGUACGAUGCCGCCUGGGAUAAGCUUGAUGACGACUUGUUCAACACUGCACGCCUCAUCACGUGCGGCAUGUACAUCCAGGUCUCGAUCCACGACUACCUCCGAGCGCUGAUGGGCUUCCACCAGUACAACACCAACUUCACUCUCGAUCCGCGCGUCCAUGAGACGGCCUCCAAGACGGUUUCGCGCGGCAUCGGAAACCAGGUGACGGUCGAGUUCAACCUGCUCUACCGGUUCCACUGCGCCAUCUCGGCCAAGGAUGAGGUCUACACCGAGGCUUUGAUGCGGGAGAUGUUCAAAAAAGACGCCAGCUGGAACCCAAAGGAAACCAGCCUGCCCCAGUUCCUCCAGCUGAUGCACCAGGUCAGAGAAGAUCAGCAGAAGGGCAAGCCUGUGGAGCCCUGUGAGCAGGUGUUUGGGCUGCACAACGACCCAACCGGAAAGCGCUCCUUCAAGCGGAACAAGGUGACUGGUCUCUUCGACGACCAGGACAUGGUCAAUGAGCUGACGGCGGCCAUGGACGACCCCAUUUCCAACUUUGGUCCCAAGAAUGUGCCCAAGUCUCUCAAGGCGGUUGAGAUUAUGGGCAUCCUCCAGGCUCGCAAGUGGGAAAUAGGGACGCUCAACGACUUCCGCGAGUUCUUUGGCCUCAAGCGCCACCAGACCUUUGAGGACAUCUCGAAACACGACGACAUCCAGAACGCGCUGCGCGAUCUCUACGAGCAUCCAGACAAGGUGGAGCUGUACCCGGGCGUCUUCUGCGAGUCGGACGGGGAUAUGAGCGCCGAUCCUGGCCCGAGCGACCUCGACUCGGCGCUCUGGGCGGCCAUCUUCUCGGAUGCCAUCACGCUGGUCCGGUCGGACCGCUUCUACACGGUAGACUGGAACACCAACUCGCUCACUUCGUGGGGCAUGAAGGAGGUGACCCCCGACAACGACGUGCUCAAGAGCUCCGUCUUCCACCGGCUGCUGCAGCGGGGCUUCCCAGGGUGGUUUCCGUCCGACUCGAUUCGUUUCUUCCAUCCGUUCUACACAUCGCAGACCAAUGCCAACUUCGCCAAGGAGCAGGGCUACGAGGCCGGAUUCCAGAUGAAGCUCGCCAAGGCUGCGAAGACAGACUGGCUGGGCCGCAAGACGGAGAAGGACGUCUUCGACAUCACAGACUCGGAGCCGAAGAAGCCGGCCAAGCCCUUGUAUCUGAAGACGUUUCCCGAGAUCAGGGCCCUGCUCCAGGACAUGUCGGGCGCCAUCGUCCACCCAGCCCUGCUGCAUCUCGCGGAGCUGCCCAAGCCGGUCCAGAAAGUUCUCGAGCCCCCGCCGGCAGGCCAGCAGCAGCAGCAGCUCCCGGCGGUCGAUAUUGACCAGAAGCACUCGGACUUGGUCGAUUACCUGCUCAGCCGGAUGCGGAGCAUAAUCCUGCGGGAAUACAUCACCAUCGACCCCAGUCCCGAGCGGAAGAUCUACCAGAUCGACAUCAUCAAGGACUUUGCCAUCCCCGUCGUCACGCAGUUUGUCGCCGACUUCCUGGGCUUUGGGCACCUGCUCCGGGACAGGGACAACCUGUCGGCGCCGUUCUCGGAGGACGAGAUCUACCAGCACAUCACCAACUGCCAGAUCUACCUGUCGUACAACGCCAACAAGACGAAGGUGCUCAAGCGGCGCAAGGCUUUCAGCGAGUCCAUGACGUUCCUGUACAACCUGACGCUCGCCAAAGGCCACAUCGCCUCGGCCAACAGGUCGUGGCCGACGCGCCACGUGCUGUCGCUCGGUAGGUGGCUCUUCGCGGGCGGCGGCAGCGGCCGGAACCACAUGGAGGAGCUGGGGUUCAAGAUCGCGGCGCAGAUCCUCAAGACGGAAGGCGACGCGGAGCGGGCGGCCGCCAUCUUCCUGCUCGUCGGCCUCGACAACGCCUAUAAUACCGUGGUCGCCUUCACGUCGGUGCUCGACAUGUUCCUCGGCAGCUUGUACAAGCAGGCAGCCGACAAGGACACGGCGCGCAAGAAGGCUGGCGCGGCGGCUAACGGGAGUGCGUCAUCGUCAUCGUCGGCCGAGACCAAGCCUGAGUGCGACUGGAUGCGGAUCCAGCGGCUCGUGUUUGCGGAGCCGUCGGCCGAGACGAGCCAGCAGAGGAUCGACGACGAUAUCAAGAAGCUCGUGCUAGAGGCGCAGCGCAAGAGCUCCAAGACGCCCGUGGUGCGCGUGGCAACCAAGACGCACGACGUGGUCGACAAGAACCGCCCCGAGACGGUUCUGUUUACCGUGCAGCAGGGCCAGACCAUUGUCUGCGAUACCAACCCGGAACCCGAACCCGACUCCGCUGCCACCACAACCAACCCCAGCAGUAGCGGCAGCGGCAGCAGCGGCAGCAGCGGCAGCAGCGGCAGCAGCAGCAAGCAAAAUGGGUCGGCCGCCACCAAACCCUGGGACAACGAGUUCCUCGCGCACCGGUCGAGCUUCACCGAGAAAUACGCCGCGUACCACCCGCAGCACCUCACUGUUCUCACGAUCACGACCAUGGUGAAAGCGCUCGCGGAGCUCAAGAACCUGCGGCGGGGCCACGACACGCAGGGCCGGCUGAAGCGGGUGCGGAUCGGGUCCGCCGCUGAGACGUACGGCAACUACAUGGCGCCGCAGCGGGUCAAGGCGAUCGCGCACACCGUAGAGACGUUGAUUGCGGAAGCGAAAACAGACGCCGACGUGGCGAAGUGGCGCGACGUGUUCAGCGACGGCGUGCUGAGCCCGGCGGCGGACACGUACCUGACGGCGGCGUGGGACGAGAUGGUGCCGUUUCCGACGACGUGGAAGCUGCGGUUCGAAGGGUUCGGCGCGUCCGACUACGGCGGCCUCGACACGCUGGCCAUGCUGAGCCCGCAGCCCAGCCCGCUCGAGUAUAUGAUCCCGCCCUUUUACGAGUUGCCCGGCGGUGCCAGCCGCACGGGAGGCUCGUUUGCUGCGCCUGCUGAGUGCGUCUGUCUCAAGGCGGGCAAGGCCGUGUGUUUCUGUACAGACCCGAAGAGGGUAGGGGAGGCGAAGAAGGAGGCGGAAAAAAAACCGAAAAAUGGUGACACGAGCCCUUCGGUUGGAGGCAUACCGCUGACGGCUGGAUGCGGGUUGGGAUACUAGUUGUAGUGGUCUCUGUUAUCGUCCAAUGAGUGUAUUGAUUAUGGGAGCUCCCAUUGAGGGUAGGCCGAUAUGAUUAUUGUAAUGAUUGCCUAAU